CAUCAAGCAACAUCAAACAGAGUGCAAAUUAGAGCUUCCUUACCUUGCUUUCGGCUGCCAUGGCGUCACUGCAAUGUUAUGAAUCCUCCAAGAAGUACACCAGUGAAGGUUACAAUGGUGGCUCAAUGGGGCAGAAAGUGCCUGGAAAGGGUAAUUGGGCUUUCAAGGCCGACAAACAUGAGAGUUCGUACCAAAUGGGCUUUGCAAAUGAAAUGGGCCGAACCAAUGGUUAUGGUUCCGGCCUGACCCAUGGGAGCCACAUGAACAAUGGCAUGGGUGGACUCCAACACUGUGGGGGUGGCAAACUCAGGGUCCAUGGAACAGCCCAAGCCCAUGAUUUCGGCUAUGGUCCAACCCACCGUUUCGGCGACGAAAUGGGCCAAGUCCAGUUUUAUGGACCAGGCCCAAUCCAAGGUAAUCAUUUUAACAAUGGGGUCGGCCCAAUCCAGGGUUAUGGCCCUGGGAAACCCACGGGCUAUAAAGUAACCGAAACGAAGACCCAUGAGUUUACCAAAAUUGAGACUCAUUCCUCAAACUCAAACCAGGGUAAUUGCUAUGGCGGAACCCAUGGCUCUGGCUUCGGCCGCCAUGGUCCGCGUCACAACAAGGGCGACCAUCCAAGGAGGGGGAUAUUAAGGAGGAUCAAGGAUGGAAUCUCCGGGCACAAUAGCUGCAGUGACAGUGACAGUGACAGCGACAGUGAGUGCGAGAUGUACGAGAAAAAGAAAGUAUGGGUUAGCAAGGGACUGUGAGAAAGAUAAUGAUAUUUUGAAGCAUCUAUAUAUGGAGGAGAUGCCAAACAAAUAAAGUUUAAUAUGGAGUACUAAAUAAGAUGGAGUAGCGGAUGAAUAAUGUUAUAUAUAGUAUGCAAUGGCUAUCAUUAUUGCUCUUUCUUUGUAUGGAUGGGUUUCCUCUGAACCAAUGGGUAAAGAGAUGUAUUUGUGUGCCUGAAAUAAUUUGAGGAACAAAAUUUAAUGACUACC